UCUUUUCUAUAUAUAAGAAUAAACGUCUGUAAUUAUCACGGUUAUUUCUUAAUAUGAUAAUCAUUCGGACGGGCGAUUUGAUAUCGUUAAAACCAUGAUACCUGUUUUUUUAUUUGUUCUGUUCAUUGGUAAUUCAGCGUUACAUCAAAUCAACACUGACUUAGAUAGAGAAUGGCUUCUUUUUAAAAAGCAUACCACAAAGUUUACGACGAUGGAAGUGAAGAUCAAUUGAGACGAUCGAUUUGGGAGGAAAAUAUUCAAUACAUUCAACACCACAAUUUGGCGGCUGACAGAGGAGAACACAGUUAUUGGCUUGGUUUGAAUCAUAUAGCUGAUAUGUCUGUUGAUGAGGUGAUAGAGACAAUGACAGGGGGAAUCAUGCCUGGAAACAAAAGUGAAGGUUCGACAUUCCUCCUUCCAAAUAAUGUUGAGAUCCCCAGUGAAGUUGACUGGACAAAGAAGGGCUAUGUUACUCCUGUAAAAAACCAGGGUCGAUGUGGAUCAUGUUGGGCUUUCUCAGCUACAGGAUCAUUAGAAGGGCAGCAUUUUAGGAAAACAGGGAAACUCGUAUCGUUAUCGGAACAAAAUCUGAUGGACUGUUCAUCAAAAUAUGGGAAUGAAGGCUGCAAUGGAGGUUUUGUAGGUGCUUCAUUUGCAUACGUCAAAGAAAAUAGAGGAAUAGAUACAGAAAAUGGCUACCAAUACCAGGGAAAGGUCGGAAGCUGCAGGUACACACAAUCUAACAUUGGAGCUACUAUCACAGGACACACGGUGAUUAAAAAGGGAGAUGAAAAUCAGUUGAAGGAGGCCGUAGCAACAGUGGGGCCUGUGUCGGCAUGCAUUCACGCGGAUAAAAAAUUUCAGUUGUAUAAACGAGGUGUCUUCAACAAUCCGAGCUGUAAUUCCUAUAGGACAAAUCACUGUGUCCUGGUUGUUGGAUAUGGCACACAAAGUAACGAUGAUUAUUGGCUUGUUAAGAACAGUUGGGGAAACAGAUGGGGAAUAGAUGGAUAUAUAUUGAUGUCAAGGAACAAGGACAAUCAGUGUGCCAUAGCAACCUCUGCCAUGUUCCCUCUAAUGUGAUAAUUACAUGUUCUUCUCUUUAACGUGUUUGAAUCGCUUAGAAUACUUCAUUAAUAUUUAAACAAAAUCCUAUGAAAAAUUAAAAAAAUGAGGGAUACUAAAGAAACGUAUAAUAUGAUUUCCGAACGAAAGUGACGAAAAGACAAAUUAUUAAAGCUGAAAUUAGCUGGUUUAAUUGUAAAUAAACGGAAAGGUCAAACUAAAAAAAUGUUGAAAUAUGCUCUUAAGAAACAUAUAACAAAUCAAUACAAUCAGUUCGCAUAUACGAACCUACAAUUUUUGGGUUCGCUUUUCGUAAUCUUACUUUUUAACCUCAAAACUAGUUUUAGGAAAACAUUGCUUAGUUAAAAAAAUAAGAAUGUACAGACACGAAAAAUCAUCGUACAACUUUAUGACAGGCUUGCAUAGUUAAUAGCAAUACCAAAUAUCAGUAUUCUAGUUUCAGCGAAUAAUGUCAGUAUACUUUACAUUUAUUUUAUUUAAUAGUUUGAAUUUGUUUUGAGUCCUUUCUUUUUUAUAAUGAUAUAUGUAAAUUGUCUUUUUUAGCCCGAUUUUGCGGUUUGAAAAAUUAUUUACGUAAACAAUUCGAUUCAUUUUUGGCUUAUCUUUAAUUCUUAAGUUUAAUUUGUUGUAAUGUGCUCAUUGCUUUAAACGUCACCAACAUUCAACCUAUUCGUACUAACAGACGUACGAACAAAGACAUACAGCAACGAACAGUUAGCUAGUUUUCUAACAAGCACGUGGUUUCCAUGUUAGAAUUAUUUUUCAUAACUUUUAUACGCAAAUACUUUUUGGCAUGCAAUAUUUUAAACAAAGAAGGGAGAGAAGACAAUCCUUCCCUACAAUGUUGGUUGGCGAGAUCUGUAGUGCUGCCCAAUAUUUUUGGUAAUACAUGUAAUCCUUUUCAUGAGUUAUUUCAUUAUUAACGUGUGUUAAAUAACAUG